AUGACGCUCUCUACCCAUAUCGUUCGCCGAGGCAUGGAGUAUGCUCACAAUGGCAUGCUGGCAGCCACUGAAAUCCAGCAACCAAACGAUGGCAACAGUACCCAGGUCUCGCCCAUCGCCGCCUUGAUAUUUCUUCUCACUGGCCUUGCGUUAAUUUUGGUCUUGUUCUCCGUUGGCUACACCUACGGGCAUCUUCUCCCUGUACUAUGCAUGGUCGAAAGCCCUGCAACUGAAGCCUACGUUCCUGUCGGGACUUUCGAGCCUACGGAGCCCCCUGCCUACUCUGCCACUACUCCUGCACCCAAGCCUACGAAUGGACUACCUGAGGAUCCUGACCUUGACCCGGAGGACAACGCCGAAAUCCUCCUUGUCCGCAACAAACCAUUCACAGCCUCCAUCCGCGCAACACUCCAACAUCUCCGAGCUCGGGCUGGUUUCUGGUCUCGCUUCCGCGGUCUUUCCAUGUUUCUUGCGUGGAACAUGCUUUGCGGCUUCCUCAUCUCAGUUAUUGCAAACGUCUUCCUCGGGAAUCGACUGGGAGUUGCAUUUGCUGCUAUUGUCGCCGAGACGGCGCUUGCAACCUGGCACAUGGCUUGGGUGCACAUAAUCAUUUCCGAGCCUAGCCAAAAGAGAUGGUACAAGCGUAUCCCUACAAUUCGAACUUGGCCAAAGAUUGCGCCUGCAGUUGCCUUGUGGGCAACCACAAACCAGGUUGUGUCCAUCCUGCCGAUGCUCGUCUGUGGAUCCUUUGGUUCGCUAAACCGUAUGAGAGACCCGGAGUAUGAGCCAGGCAGGAAGGACCUAUACGCAGUGGGCGGUCAAGGUGUCCUCGGAUUCUCGCUGAUGGUGUUCUUGUUUGUCCUACUUCAGAUACCAGCAACAGUCACUCUCGUCCGUGUUGCAGCCUCAAUGCUGCCGGAAGAAGAUGAAACCAUUGUCCCAUUUGACCGCACGUUUGGUGGAAAAACUACACCAGCCAUUGUUGGCGGCCAAGGCAAGAUUGGAUUGGUUGAGGCAUGGAGGAGUUUCCCAUGGGCGAGCCGCAUGCGGCUGCUGAAGCUUAUGAUCAAGGUUGUCUUGAUCUUCAUGGCCUGCUGGAUGCUUGUCACCAUUGUCUUGGUGGCUGAGGCUCAUCUUUUGUUCGGUGACAGCUUGGGUCACAUGAUGAAAACGAUGCACGGAAUUGCUGGUGCUAGCCAGUGA